AUGCUCAGCGCCUCCCGAACUCUUGUGAAGCAGUAUGCUUUACGGAUCCCUAUUCUCUCGAAUUUGGUCGGGAUCAAACCUACUGGCCUGGUGGCCCUACCAUUGGAAAUAUCAAUCGAGAUAAUGAAGGGACUAGAGUGGGAUGACAUUCUACGUGUGAGACAGACCUGCAAAUACCUCUGCGAAGUGUCGAAAGCACGUCCGGUGUGGCAGUCACUAUUCGUGAAAUACUCGCAGUCUAUUUCACCACCGCAACCGUUUCGUCCUGAUAAGCCUAUUCAAAACUACUCGUCAAGAGAAUUGGAAACCGUGGUUCUUCGUUGGAAAGCUGCUGAAGUUGGUUGGUUGGUGGAUGGUCGGGUCCCUCUUCGUGAACGCCCGCUGUUCAUGGAAGGAGAAUUUACCGGCGAAUGCAUGCACCUCGUCCGUGGAGGUCGCUGGCUCUUGGUUGUAGCUCCUAAUGGCUCUGUGGAAUACUACGACCUGGAUGUUUCCCAGCCGAUUUCGCACUCCCUAAUACCGCCACCCUUCGAAGAGCACGUGCGUGUCCGUGCAUUUAUGUCGGUGGACAUGAGCCCCAUGCUCGAUGGCGACGAAGAUGGGCAAAAUCUUACAUUUCACCUGGGAUUAUGCCUUCAACGUUUCCGCGACCUUGAUCCAGAGACAUUGGAGCGCGUGUCGCCUUCUCGGCAGAACAUACAGAUAUGGCGCGUCGCGUUUCGAGAUAAGGAGGGGUCGAGCAUUGAAGGCCUCUUUGCUAACUGUCUUUCCUCAUUUCCCGAGGAGUCGAUUGCAGAUACAGAAGCAUUCGACUUGCGUGGCAGAUAUGUUGCUUAUUCGGCCCAGUUUUACAGGGGCGUUGGAGUAGCAUGCUCGGUGGUUGUCGACUGGUCUUCCGCAAAUGGCACCAAUAUGGCCUACAAACGAAAGUAUCUUUCAGGUGCUCAAGGGGUUAAACUAUCCCUCCUCCCAGGUGAUAGGUUAUUUACAUCCUAUAGUGAGUCGAUGCGGCUCUACGAUCUUCUCAGUGCGCCAGAAAGCGUUAGACCCCCGUCACAACACGAGUUUCCCCAUGAGCGGCCGAUUUGGAAAACAGAGCUGCGGGCGUUCGAAAGCGACUUUGUAUCGGGCCCAUUCUUUAUUCACGAUUCGUCACGAUUCGUCAUGAUGGAUGAACACGGUUUACGGGGAUUAAUCAUCCCAGAUGCCGAUUUCAUUGAUUCGGAAGGCGGGCCCACAAUGUUGCUUCUGCUAAAGGAUGAGAACAGCAAGAGCCAGCACCCUCAUGUGUUUGGCUAUCAUCGUGGUAUGGGCGUUUACUUGGACGACAUUAUCCUGCCCCAGUAUCUGUGGCCAGAUGAACAGGGCAAAGAAGGCAUUGCUCAUGCUAUCCUAUCCCCAAGCCCUCACUCCGUCCGGGUUAUUUGCAUGGAUGAAUAUUCCGGACGUGCGGCAAUAACUUUGUCCAACUUCAAAGACCAUUGUAUAAUCGAUUUUCCUAUUGUUAGUGGUGUUCACUAA